AUGAUGAUGUGUGAUGUCAUGCCGACCAUAUCUGAAGAUGGGUCGACAGACAGGGACUCUCAGUAUUCGGGAGAUGACGCCAAUUUUGAACAGCUCAUGGUCAAUAUGCUCGAUGAGCGAGAUAAACUCAUGGAAACAUUACGUGAAACUCAGGAGCAGUUGGCAAUGCUACAGAACAAGCUUGAAGAAACAGAGCGAGAAAGGGAUGCUUUGACCAAUCAGCUUCAAUCUACAACCCCGCAGGAGUUUGCAAGUUUGACAAAAGAGCUGAAUCAGGCCCGGGAACACCUUUUGGAUAAAGACGAGGAAAUUACAGAUCUAAAAGCAGAACGCAAUAAUACAAGGCUGCUACUAGAGCACCUUGAGUGCUUGGUGUCUCGACAUGAACGCUCAUUAAGAAUGACGGUGGUGAAGCGACAGGCGGCCUCUCCCGCUGGAGUCAGUAGUGAGGUGGAGGUGCUGAAGGCUCUCAAGUCACUGUUUGAGCAUCACAAGGCUCUGGAUGAGAAGGUGCGAGAAAGGCUAAGGGUGGCAUUAGAGAGAGUUGGUACUUUAGAAGAAGAACUUGCCAUUGCAAACCAUGAGUUGUUUACCUUGCGGGAGGUACAAACAAAGUCACGGCAUUCGAGCGGGGAGGAGCCAAGAAUUACAAAAAAUGGUUCAAUAGAAAUCAACUCCAAUAACUCAACUCAAGAAAACUCAACCACCAGUGAACUAAUUGAAUCUAAUACCCCACAUCCAAAGAGACUUUCCAAUGGUUCAAUAGACCCUGACAGUGAAGUUAAUCGUGUCAUUGAGCUUCAGGAUAUGGUAGAAAAACAAAAUGUAGAACUAACCAAUGCUCGAACUAAGCUCACUGAACUCACUAGUAAAAUAAGUGAAUUUGAGGAGAAUUUGGCCACCUCACAAAAAGAACUGAUGAAAUCCCAGGAACAGGGUGUCCGGUUACAAAGAGAUCUUAAAGAGUCAAUCCACCAGCGGGAAGAUCAAGAAGAAAGAAUCGCAACUUUAGAAAAGCGAUACCUCAAUGCCCAGCGCGAGUCAACAUCAGUUCAUGAUUUCAACGAUAAGUUGGAGUCUGAACUAGCAAUGAAAGAGAGCCAAGUCAAGUCUUACGAAGAGAAGAUCAGACAAUUGCAGGAGAAGCUGGAACUGUCAGAACAGAAGCUGCAGCAAUAUCUACGUAAAGCUGAGGCUCUGCCAACAGUUGAGGCAGAACUUGUUUCUAGAAUGGAGGCUCUCAGUCAGGCAGAAGAGCUGCAUGGCUCAGCAGAAGAGGAGUUACGUGGUCUAGCGUCACAAGUGGAGGAGAAGAACUCGGAAUUACAGCGGGCGCAUCAACGUGAAAAAAUGAAUGAAGACCACAAUGCUCGGUUGUCUGCGACAGUCGAUAAAUUAUUGAUGGAGUCCAAUGAACGAUUGCAGCUCCAUCUAAAGGAGAGAAUGCAGGCGUUGGAGGAGAAGAAUCAAUUAACUCAGGAACUAGACAAAUUACGGAAACAAUAUGAAGAAAAUGCGCAGGAAAAGGAAAGAUUAUCUCAAGAUUAUGGAAGGACCAAAAAGGAACUACAAGCUAUUAAAGCCCAAUGGGAACAAACUUAUAGGUCCACGGGGAGUUUAGGGGGAAGUUACCCUGGUACCCCGAACCCUGGAGGUUAUCCGGAGACAACAGAGGUGCUUCUAAGACAGAACAAAGGAAGAGACAUCUUGGAAGACCCCACUAAGGUGAACACUCUCAAUGAACAGGAGUGGGAGAAACUACAACAGGCUCAUGUGUUAGCCAAUGUCCAGCACGCAUUUGACACAUCUGACAUUGAGGACACCCCUGAGGAGAAUGAGUCAGUCUUCGUUGCCAUGGAUAUGUUAUCACCGGCUGGACAAACAGAUGCCCAGACACUGGCUCUCAUGCUACAAGAGCAGCUAGAUGCUAUAAAUAAUGAAAUUAGGUUAAUACAAGAGGAAAAAGAGACAACUGAACAAAGGGCAGAGGAAUUGGAAAGUCGUGUUGGUAGCGGGAGUCUUGAUACUAUGGCCAGUAGGUGGCACUAUGGCGGCUCGUUUGAACGCAGCUCAUCACCCCCUGCGCCACCAAAUAUGUCCGCAGCACACACAUAUUCUUCCUCCAGUCCACACUUAGUAAUGCCAGAUUCUAACAACUCAAGUACUGCAAACCAGUCUGCCACAGUAAGCAAUAAAGAAGCUGAUGGUGCAAAACAGAACCCAGGUGACAGCACUGAAGCCAAUAACUCUGAAGAAUCGCGUCAGAUAAAAUGUGAAUCUAGUCCCCCCACUCCGCGGUCAUUACGACUGGAGCGUGUUGCUCAGGCGCUUGCACAGAGCCAUGAAGAGCUCACCAGCUUAGAGAACCAAGCCACCUUUAGAUUAACAGAGUCUCUCUCACACAAUAGAACCAGUAGGAUAUCAGGGGACAGCUCCCACAGCACACCAUCUCCCAUGAGCUCUAACAACAGCAGCCAGGACUCCCUACACAAGCAACCCAAGAAGAAAGGUCUCAAGGGAUCCCUGGGAAGAUUCUUCAGUAAAAAAGAUAAAGUUAGGGUUAAAUCCCGUGAAAAUGUCGCCAAAGAACUGUCGCUGUCAGCCGCCUCAACCUCUGGAGAUUCAGAUCUGCUAAUGAGCGAUGGAGGAAUAGGGAUGGGUCUUGGAAAACAGUCAGAGUUUGAUAGGCGGAAAAAGAAAAAGCAUGAGUUACUGGAAGAAGCUAUGAAAGCUGGAACCCCAUUUGCCCUGUGGAAUGGACCUACUGUAGUCGCCUGGCUAGAAUUGUGGGUAGGUAUGCCAGCCUGGUACGUAGCUGCAUGUAGGGCUAACGUCAAGAGUGGCGCCAUCAUGUCAGCACUCUCCGACACAGAAAUCCAGCGAGAAAUCGGAAUAAGCAAUCCACUACAUCGGUUAAAGUUACGACUAGCAAUCCAAGAAAUGGUCAGUCUGACCAGUCCAUCAGCUCCAAAAACCAGCAGAACUACUUUAGCAUUUGGUGAGAUGAACCAUGAGUGGAUCGGCAAUGAAUUUCUCCCGAGUUUGGGUCUACCUCAAUAUAGAAGCACCUUCAUGGAAUGCCUUGUCGAUGCCAGGAUGUUAGAUCAUUUAAAUAAAAAAGACACUCGAGGACAAUUAAAAAUGGUUGAUAGUUUCCACAGAACCAGUCUCCAAUAUGGUAUAAAUUGUUUAAAAAGAGUUAAUUAUGAUAGAAAGGAAUUAGAGCGGCGGAGAGAAGACAGUAAUAAUGAUAUGAAAGAUGUGUUAGUAUGGACUAAUGAUCGUGUAAUAAAAUGGGUGCAAUCAAUAGGACUUAAGGAAUUUGCGAACAAUCUCAUAGAAUCGGGUCUCCAUGGAGCAUUGGUUGCUCUAGAUGAGGGUUUCGACCACAACAGCAUGGCAUUAGCUUUACAAAUUCCAACCAGUAAUACGCAGAAUCGUGGAACUUUGGAGCGUGAGUUUAACAACCUUCUAGCCCAGGGAACGGAUAGACGCCUCGAUGAGGGUGAUGGCACAAAGUUGAAGCGGGCGCCAUCAUGGCGGAAGAAACUCAAGACAAAAGAUGGCAUUGUAGGUAAAGUACCCGGGGGGAAGUCAAUGUCGACGGAGGACUUGAACUCUAGUUACAUGGACAGUAUAGACCCUCCCAACCAGGACAGUGCUAUACCCAGACCAACUGAGAGAACUUAUUCAUGUUAGCACCAAAUAUGGGCAAAAGCUCCAAAUAUGGGCAAAAGUUUCAAAUAAGGGCAUGUGGUCCAAAUAUGGGCAAAGGCCUCGAAUGAGGGCUGCUCAGCAAUGUAGGAAAUUAGGAAAAUCACUCAUGAUGUAGUCAUUCAUGUAGAAUGUAGUUCCGAGUGGCCAGGAUAUACUAACCUUGAAACAAAAAACUGCAGUGAUGUGAAUUAAGUGGAGCAGAAAUGAAAUGCUGGUCAAGUGCUCCACAUAAAAGGAAGAUAUAUGUGAGGAUUGGAAGUGUUGCGCUACAAAUGUGUCAUCCAUUAUACGGGAUACAUAAAUAUAAUGAGACACUUCAUUCUUAUAUUUAAGAAUUCAAAUCAGGUGAAAUACCCAUGACCGCACAAUGAAAUAUUUCCUUCGCGAGGAAUGAACAAGAUUUUUGUGCAGUUAAAUCAAAUCUAUGAGAUGCAAUAUAGGAAAACAGGAUAUCGUAUACAAAAAGGAUUAUACGAAAAUUAGAAUUAUGAUAAUAACAGGAUUAGAAGAACGCAGGAUUAUGAAAGAUAGAGGUCACAAGUAUAUAUUAUAUAGGCAGUGUUCAAUAUUAACUACUUAUGUAGACAAUCAAUGAAGGAAAGAAACAAGACAGCUGGCUCUGAGGAUUACAUGAAAGCCACCAAGGUGUUCAAAUUGGGAGGCCGUCUGCUUUCUCCAAUGCAUUAUCGGUAUUUAGAAAAAGUCUUCAUAUUAUCUAUUUUAACCAAUGCAAAUACAUUUCGGGAAGUCUCAAGCACUUGGUUUACCCGUGCACACUGGUUACUUUAGCUGGGCUGCAUUUUACUAUUUAUUUACCUGGCAGUUAUGGGUAUGUUAGAAAGUUUACUAAAAUGUCUUAUCCAUUGAUAUAUUUAAUCAAAUAGGGCAAAUGGCAGAAAGAAUGAAUCAUAUAUUUAAACUCCAAAGGUAUUAUUAUAUUAUAUUGCUAUAGGGACAUUGGAGAAGAAAAGUGAGUGUAAUAAAAAUGAAUUAUGGAAAAAAUCAUGUACAUGACUGAAUGUUUUAAUAAACUUUGCAUUGUCCCAUAAUGGGGAUUAGUCACUUCUUAAUGGUGCCUCCACCUAUUGGCUUGAACUAUGUGUUGCCAUAGUAACCAGUGACAAGAAAUCAAGUCUUAGUUAUUCAUUCUCCACAUGCAGAUCAUACCUCCUUAUUAGGAGUUGCUUCAUAGUUGAGCUUAAGUGCUGUAUGUGGGGAAUGUUAGUGUUUGUUUAGCAUGUGUAGUUUGUAGGAAACAACUGGAGGUUGUGAAUCGUGAACAGGUGAUUUAAACAGUCAUGUAUUGAAGACUGGUCAUUUUGAAAUGUUCCCAGUGUAAAAUAUCUACCUAGUCAUGUUUUUAUCAUGUUGAGUAAUUGGAGAGACUGAAAUCAUUUUUUAAGAAGUCCAAAAUUGGGGUGUAUAUCUCAGAAAAUGAUACAUUUUUAAGAAGUCGAAAAUUGGGCUGUAUAUCUCAGAAAAUGAUACUACAUUAUUAUGAGUAUUACACAAUUAUAAAAUUAUAAAGACUGAAGUAAUUAUGAGUAGAGAGAUAUUUUACAUGGUUAAGUUAUGUACAAUGUAUUUAUUCUAUUCAAUAUGUAUGUACCGUGGUGUACACAUAGUUGCCACAAGUAAAGUGUUAUGCAUAUAUGUGGCAUACAAUGAUAUUGUAUAAUGUCAUACACUGGCAUUUUAUCAUGUCAUACACUGACAUUGUAUCAAGUCAUACACUGACAUUGUAUCAUGUCAUACACUGACAUUGUACCAUAUCAUACACUGACAUUGUAUC